UAUUUGGGUGGCCCACAUCCGCUGCGGUAGCUGAAAUAUAUAUAAGACUACAGCUUUUAAAACUGCAGAUCACGCUCCCAGAGUUUGAAAAAGGCAUACGUUAUAAAAUCCUGCAUACAUUUUAAAAUCCUGCAUAAAUACCAAACAAAAAGAAUGGCCAAAGGCAAAUUUCCAUUUCGUAGGACAAUAGAAUUCUUGAAUAGUGGAAGAACUAUUUUGCAGAAGAGGGUAAAGACUGUGUCAGUAUCGUUCACUACAGAAAAAGCAAGUAAAGGGUUAAGAGAUUUUGUGCUGCGUGAUCUUCCAAGAGUGCAAUACAAAAACCCAACGAAGCAAUUUGUCUGCUUCAGAAACAAAGACGAAUAUCCUCAUUUAACUUUGUUCUAUGACGGGGGUGAACGGCAACUCAUAGAUGUCUACAACAAAUCGGCGGAUGAAAUAUUAAGUCUGUUAGAUUUAGCUGCAGCUGCAACUGAAAGUGAGAUUUUGCAAAAACAGGAAGUGAAAUACCCAGGGCGAUUAAACCCAGCUAACUUUGGUAAAUACGGACAUUGUUUCUGCAUAUGUGAAAAACCUGGUCAAGUGCCGUGUCCGUCAAGAGUGAAAUUUGACAAAACUCCAAAAUGGUGGCAUAACAAAGAAGAAUCACAAAGCUGAGCAAUUGUUUUUUUAAAAAUUGUAAUGUAUAAAUUUGUACAUAUUUGAUAUAACAAUGGUAUACCUAAAACAGAA